AUGGAUGUGACGGAUGAAAUGAAGACAAUAUCAGUGAUGGAGGGAGAUCCGUUCACUCUACACACUGAGGUAAAUGAAAUACAGAAGUAUCUGCUAAUACAGUGGAUGUUCGGAAGCACUCGGAUAGCUGAAAUCAACAGACUCACCCAAACCAACUCGACAUACGACGCUGACGGGAGAUUCAGAGGAAGACUGAAGCUGGAUCAGACCGGAUCUCUGACCAUCGCAAACACCAGCACCACAGACUCUGGACUCUAUCAGCUAGCGACUGUCAACAGAGAGACCAGCUAUAUGAAUUUCAAUGUUACAGUCUGCGCAGCUCCACACAGUUCUUCGCCGUCAGAAAGAGUGUCAAGCUCAAACUGUGUGACGUCCAGUUGUGCGGUCCACAAUUCAGUCGUCAAUCACACUGAGGAUGCCAACAUUACUGAGCUCUUUCAGCCGAGUUCAGUCUGCAAUGGACAUUGUGGCUCUACUGAAGCUGUGAUCCGAUUGGUCCUCUCUGUUCUGGUGGGCGUGGCUGCUGUUGCUGUGCUGGUUUAUGACAUCAGAUCUACAAGAAGUGAGCUUGACAUGACAGAAGAGACCGAAGAUCUCUAUGAGACCUAUGGAGUAAAAUCAGACUUACACUAUGAACUGAGCAGAAGGUUGAGUUGCCCAAAACAAGCCCUAUAUUAAUACUAAUUCCUGUAUAAUUGCAUAUCUAUU